GCUUGCAGACACUGUAAAAUUACUGCCAAAUGUAAGGGUUAUUGAGCAGUCGGCGGGUUUCCGCUGAAAAUUUUGUGAAGCUAACCGUUAAGGGUAAGUUUUUACCAAAUUGUUGACGAAAGAAGGGCUAUUGAAAGCGAUCGUUUCUCCCGGAAAGAAAAAAAACAUAGACAAGGGCCUGAGCGCGAACACAACAUCGAUGUCAGUGUCAGUGGGCCGAACAAAAAAUGGAGAGUACGACUUCGAGUGAUGAUGUCUCGACUUCAAAUGAUGGGCACAGACACUAUCAGUAUGAACCGUUGGAUCAUCACGUACUUCAAGUAAAGCGGGUCGCCGGGAUCUCGAGCGAAAUUGUCAAACAGAUUCAAGCCACGGAAGAAAUAAUAUCGAACAUGGAUCGGGAUGAUUCGGAUAGCUUAUCUGGCAGCUCCGUUAGCACGGUGACGGUUGAAGGGAAACAAGUAAAAUCGUGCGUGAUUCAGGAGCGAGAAUUGCAGGGCGGUGCAUGUUGUCUGCGGACGGUGGAAAUUCACAAAAUACCCGGCGAGACUCUGGGCAUCUAUAUUAUGGAAGGUGAUGGAUUUGAUAAAAAAGACGGGAUUUUUAUUUCAAGGCUUACUCUUGGAAGUGUCUGCGAUCAAAACGGCCUGCUUCAAAUCGGGGAUGAAAUACUAUCGGUGAAUAACGUUGAUGUCACACGAAUGAACCUCGACGAAGUCUGCCAUGUUAUGAAAAUACCUUCACGACUGUUGAUUACCGUAAAAACAAAACAAAUAGAAACGUAUAAGCGAUAUUCUCGCCCUGUCGACAGAUCACGGGAAGAGCUGCGGCACAGUGACGAUGAUGUAGUCUCAUUGAUGGCACAGAGAUACUUGCGUUCAAAAUCAGACGAGCCACCCCCUCGGCCGUCGACUGCGCCCAGUUCUACCUAUGACUAUUACCGUCGUAGCAACGACAGUGAUUACAUGCACUUAUCAAAAUCACGAAAUCAACGGUACAGCAACGACUGUGGUAUGGGAGGGAUGGAACAUUGCUCAGAUUCGAGAGAACGAGUGAUGAGUCAAGCUGAUGACAGCUCUUUGAGUCGAAGUUGGGAAUCAUCAUCCGAGUCAUUGUCUAGAAGAGGUAGGAACUCACUAGAGAGAAUGCUUAAUAGCCCCAGGGGUAGCCCUACCAAAAUGAAAUUUGACGUCCCUAAACCCCCAGAAGUGGUGAUCAGUUCGGAGGAGCACCCAAUUCCACAAACAAACAAUCGGCCGAAACUGCCUCCAGUCAGACCAACAACCAGACCCAAGUCAUCUAGUGAUGUGUUUGACAAUGAAACCAAAUUUAUUGAUGAUGAUGAUGUUGACAUAUCAGUCAGGCGAAGAGAACGUAAAAAGGGUCCUAGAUAUUCUCAGCUUAGCCCCAGUAUGGGUCUCAGGUCACCUACAACGAGUACGGUCUCCAGCGAUUAUGAUGCACUGACCAGUCCAAGAUAUAUCAGGAAAGGUGUUAGUAUUUCAGGCUACUCCUGGGAUGAUUCACUGCCAGAAUUAACAGGGUCAUCUCGUCAGUCACGCAGGGAAGAAUAUGAGAGACCCAAGUCUGCACAGACACGUUCAGCUUCAACGUCCAAUUCACCGGCCAGUUCACUGUCAAAGGAGAAACCUAAACGACAAGUGCGAAAGUACAUGGGUAGUAAAUCCGAUGUAUCACCAUUAAGGAAAUCUCGUGGUAAAAUGGAUUGUGAUUCCAGUUCUGUGAACCCGGCUCGGAUUCUUUGGCAGCGACUUCAUUGGUCCAAAGGAGAUUCCAAACCUGUUGCCGUAGCAACUGAUUUUCAAGAUACAGGGUUGCCGGAGUUAGGCCAGGGCUCUGGGAGUAUGCAAUAUGAAGAACUAUUACUCUCUCCCAGGGAACUGAAGCCAGACACAAUGCGAGACCCAGCCAGAUCAAAGCGUGACAUUCCAAAAUCUCCCGAUCCAAGGGUAAGACGAGGAAAGAUGAAUUCCCAUCAGGGUCAGGCGGAAGACAACGCUGAUUUAUUUGAACAGCAGAAAAUGUCAAUGAUGCUUCAAACCCUGUCAAAAAGUCGAAAGGUCAGUAAAAUGGCACAGACUAAGGUCAGUGGACGUCCAGAUAUACGAUCUGAGGACAGUCUGGAUACUGACAGUACGAUAACAUCAGAACAAAGUAUUGACGAGGAAGACUGUCGGUAUGCUCUGAAGAAAUCAUCUAUUGGACGACCGCUUGAAAUUGAUUUGACUGGGUUCUUGAAGUAUCGGAGAGACUCUGCCUCAAGAUCAAAAGGUGAUGUUCUUGCUUUGUCAGGAAUAUUAUUUUUGCGAAUUCAUGGUGGUCGGAAACUUGCAACAUUGCGGAACCAAACCAGAGAAAUGUACGGCGUUGUGGAGGUGGAUUCGGAAGCCAAGGCCAGGACUUGUAGUAUCUAUGCCAAAGACGAAUUCACAUGGGAUGAAAAUUUUGAGAUUGAACUUGAGAAUUCACAGGAACUGAAUUUAAUGAUAUACAGCUGCGAAGGCGAUACCAAACACAAACUUUGUUACAAGGGACUUGUGCGGCUUGUGUCGCUAUUCAGGGAAAAUAAAAAUGUUCUCCAUCAGCUUGCCUUGAAACUUGAGCCUCGUGGAAUUCUUUACACUUCUUUGUCUUUCACGGAGAGUACAGUCUCUCUGAAACGGACACCUUCCAUGAACCGCAGUGGUGUCUUUGGUGUAACCUUAGAGAGUGUUGUCAGGCGAGAACGAUCAGGAACAAAUGUUCCGUUAAUAGUGCAAAAGUGUGUGCGAGAAAUCGAAGAUAGGGGCCUUGAUUUGAUUGGUGUCUACAGAGUAUGUGGGUCUGCCAAGAGGAAAAAGAGUUUGAAAUGCGAGUUUGAUCAGAAUAGUGCAAGUGUCAACAUAUCAGCUGAAAUCUGUCCUGAUAUUAACGUGAUUACAGGUUGUUUAAAAGAUUACCUUAGAGAACUACCAGAGCCAUUGUUCACUAAUUCCCUGUGUCAGAAACUAAUGGAAAUACUGAUGGCUCCAGAAGCCGACCCUAAAGCCAGUGCCGAACUAGUGCUUAAAUUGAUGUCUGAUCUACCACAAGCCAAUCAGGACACUUUAGAAUUUCUCCUAGAUCAUCUGAAACUGAUUGCUGCACAUGCUGGUAACAAUAAGAUGAAUACCUUCAACCUGGCUGUUUGCUUUGGUCCUGUGUUGAUGUCACCAACACCUACUAGCGAGAGAGACUAUGUUGCCGCUAUAGACUUUGAAAAGCAUAUUGAAGUGCUCCAACACUUACUCGAUAUCUGGCCAGAGGAGGAUGAACGUGUCGCCAUCAAAAUGCGACUCACAGAAAAAUCGGUGAAGAACAAGAAUGAUAGCCAGGAGGAUGAUAGCUGUUACCAUAGUAUUGAUGACUUGGAUGAUGCUCCGACAACUGCUAAGGCUGAAGAACAUUGGGAUUCAGAAAAUCUUGAGGUCUCGGCAUGUUAGCAUCUCAGCCUAGCAACCAGCUAUGUGGAUACAGUAUGCAAGAAACAUGGGGGUGACCUGAAGGCAGUUGCAUGAUCAGAAAGCUGCUUUGGUGAUCGUAACCAUGGUAGCAGUUUUCUAGAGAUCAUACAGUCCCACCAUAAGGGUUUUAUAAGUUGUAUAACGCCAAGCACGCAAGAGUGUCACAAAAAACGCUGUACAAUUCUUUUUAACCCAAAUUUCUGAACUUGAAAUGGAAUGCUCAGUUAUUUGGGCAUUAUAUGAUUUAUGAUUAGAAGAAUGUGUGAGACAAUUAUUUCACAGCUUUGCUGCGGAAUCCUAGUUGUAUACAAAUCAUCAAGAAUGAAAUGUGAAGGGCAUCCUUUAGCACCUGCUUUAAUAAGGUUGAGUAAAGGGAGCCCUCUAUGUCAAUUAAUGUUAACUUAAUGUUCUCUGUAAAAAAAAAAAAAUAUGUUUCUUUGAAAAGAACAAAAGAUACUUACUAUUAAAUUGAAAUAUAUGUAGCGUCCUCAUUGUACUGUAAUUGUUGAGAACCUGAAGACCAUCUUGUACAAACUGUACCAGUUGGUUUGCAUUUGUUAUGUGCUUAUGAGACGUGGUGCAUUAGAAAUUUGUAAAUAAUGACUUUUCAAACGAAUUAUUGUGUAUUUAAAAAUAUUGUGAGAGAAGAAAAUCUGUAAAUAAUGAAUGUUUUUCACUGGGACGCCAAAUUAUAUUUGGUGAGUGUUCACUUGCAACUGGUUUAGACUGUUCUGGCUAGAGGGGGCUAUAUGUAAGAUUUAUUCACUAUGGUGAACAAAAACGUGUAUUGCCUCCUCCCCGCUGUUCAUCGUCAACACCUGUUACCAGUCAAAACCAAAAUAUUUACCUCAAGCUCAGUGAUAAAUGUUUGUCGAAAUGCACAACUUUUACUCUUAGUCGGUGCCAACAUUUGUUUGGUUUAUUUCUUUAAUACAAUUAAUUUACAUAUUGGAUUGCUAUCUGCAUAUAUUUGCUUCCAGAGUUGUAUCUUUCAUUGUACAGCCAAUUUUAUUGAUUUUUACAUAGUUUUUUUGCAUUGUUGUAAAAUAUUGAAUGCCUUUUAUGGAAUAUUUGUGCUUUGUAGUAAAUGUAAACUUUGUACAAUAGUGUGUUGUACAGUAGACGUGUUCAGCCGAUUUUGGAACAAAACGUCGUCCCAUGAAAGUAAACUUUUAACUACGCCCUCAUUUUAUGUUAGUACAUUGAAGAUGUAUAAAUUUCAAUGCAAGUCCUUAACAUACGAGGAAAUUCAUAGUGAAUCAGUUCCCCAUUGUAUUAUUUGUAACCUUUGACCUAUGUGCUGUAUACUAUAACGGAAUAUUCGGGUCAGCAAUAGUUUUUCAAAUAGCCAAGCAUUUCUGUAAAUUCUACAUCUUACAAUGUCAUCCAUUGAAAUUCUGGCAGAUGUGGCAUUCCCUAUAGAAAUUGCCUGCCAUGAACCUCGCCUCUUAUGUUUUGCUGUGCCUUUAGGCUCUUCUAAAUUUACACAGCAUUAAAAUGUUUUAAUUUCCAGGUUUGUGUUAAGUACGAUUCGAAGCCGAGUUACAUGAUGGAAUUUUAGCUUGGAUAACUUGUGAAUGCUGUCACGGCUGAUUUUGGUCACUCGACAAUGUACACCCCUUUAGGUUCUAUUCUAAAUUUAAAGAAUACCUAUUUUACUCAUAUUCCCACUAAAAUUGUAAAGCACAACCAGAUUUUGUCAUAGAACAAUUAUUUAUGACUUCAUGGUAUUUGUGUUAAAGACUUCUAGAUAAUGCAAACUGAACAUUUGCAUACUAGUGGCGGUGUAAUGUUAACUGCACAUCAAACUAUCCCCGGCAGCAUCUACACUGUCCGCUGUGUACACCUUGUACCCAUGCAUGCAUGAAGUAUUAAAAAAAAAAAAAAUUUCUAAAGUUAUUGAUAUAAAAAUCAAGCUUUUUUUAACGAUGUCGUUUUAUUUAUAAAUUGAACACAAGGUAAAUGUACGUGUAUACAAGAUUAUUUUCCACCUUGUACAGUAGUACAAAGACACAUUUAUGUAUUAAAUACAUACGUUGCAUGGAAUACAUUGUUUUGAAGCCAAGUAUCGGAACAGCACCAACCAAUGUAUUUUGCUAUUCCCAGCCAUAGUGAACUUUUAAAGUGAUAAAAUAAUUUUGUGCAAUAUUCAUUUUUUAUUUUAAAAAGUCAUUGUGUAUGUAGUUGCUUGUUAUGUAUACUGUGAAGAUUCGGGAGCGAGAGAACAAAUUGUCAUACUUAAAAUGUACCAAAGAAAUGUAAAGCUGUGCUUCGUACUGUGUAGUGUUCAACUUUUCACCGUUUAGUAUUGCCACUGUUAAUUAAAAAGAUGUGAUCGUGUAAAAGUA